AUGGCGCAAAUCACGAAAGCCGAAGCUACAGCGGCGAACCAACUGACCUCUCCUCUCCUCCGUCUACCAGCAGAGCUACGAAACCUCAUCUACCACUACGCGCUCGGCAACUGCACGCUCAUCCUAGCCGCGCACCAUGACAGGCUCUGCACCUACCAACACGACAUGCCCGCUUUUCCCCUCUUGGCCGUCUGCACGCAGAUCCACGCCGAAGCAGCCCUUCUUCCCUACAGCCUUAACACGUUCGACAUCGCUAGCGACUACACCCUACGUGUGUUCCUAGCCACUAUGCCUAUGCAGUACGUACAAGCUAUCAAGACGCUAGACAUCGGUACCUGGACCGUGGCGGGUAAAGAGACGAUUUGCGCCGCGAAUCUGCAGCGAUUUACGGGGCUGGAAAAGGUCGUCUUUAGUUAUCAAGGCGGCACAGAAACGGUAAGCAAGUUCUUUUCUGAGCAUGCCUGGAAGAAGGUGGUGGGGCUGCUGCGGGAGACGAUGCCGGAGGUUAGCACGUCCAUGCGGGACUUGCGCGAGAAGGCUCAUCGGAGGGAGGACGCGUUGGAACUCGCUAUGUGGGUACGGAGGAAUGCUUACUUGGCUUCUGUCUUUCGCGCGCUAUGA